GAAACCGGACGCGUGGACAGUGAUUAGCUCUCGUCAGAAACUGCUUCAUAAAAGCCUUUAAAUCAACAACAGAAAUACUUUUAUUGAUUUAUCAGGAAUAAAUAUAGGUGUCAUGAGUGUUCAGGCUGUUUCUGCUCUGGUGGCUCCGGGUUCGAGCUGCAGGUCGGUUCCAGUGGAGCAUCUGGACUACAGCUUCAUCCAGAACUGCUCAGACCUGAAACAUCUGGAGCAGAUCCUGAGAGUCCUGCGGUCUGGUCAGGAGGGGUUUUACCCUCAUCUCAUUGAGUUCUGUGAGAAGCACAUCGAGAAACUCGACCCGAAGUCUCGAGUCCUCAGGCAGGAGAAGAGAGUCUCCACCGCUGCAUGUUUCUCCACAGAGGAAUGGACUGAGAUCUCUGAAGAGCUGCAGAUGUGGGAGAGAAACAUGAGAAUAAAUGAAACUGCAUUAAAGCGAAGCUCUUUAUUCAGUGAUGUUGAAGAUGUGCCGCCAGUGCGUUCAUCAAACACCACAGUUCAGAGAACCGUCAGUGUUGACGUGAAGAAAUACAAAACAUCGUCCGUCCCUCGAGCAUACAGAGACUGGGACAGGUUUGAUGUGGAUAAAGAGUGUGCUAAAAUAGACGAGAACCCUGAGACCGCUGACAGAACGACCCAUCACAGCACCACCAUUAAUCCAGACCUCCCUAAAAUCAAACACACAAUCAGCAACACAGCUCUGAGUGCUCAGGAGAAAUGUGUUCUGGCUCGCCGUGAGAAAGAUAAAGGUAAUGAAGCUUUCAGAAGUGGAGAUUAUGAGGAGGCGGCGGUGUAUUACAGCAGGAGUCUGUCUCUCAUGUCAUCAGUCGCUGCGUAUAAUAACCGCGCUCAGACUUACAUCAGACUCCAGCGCUGGCACGCGGCUCUCAGCGACUGUGAUGCGGUUUUACAGCUGGAACCAGGAAAUGUUAAAGCUCUAUUGAGUCGCUCUACUGUGCACAAGCAUCUGGGUCACCUGCAGGAAUGUCACACUGAUCUGAGAACAGUUCUGCUGAUGGAGCCACACAACAUCACAGCACAGAAGCUCCUGCUGGAACACAGACAAACUGACAAUCAUCAUGAAAAACACAGAGUCGGCACAAAGAUCCUCAUUCAGGAGGUGGAAGAAGAAGAGGAGGAGUGUUAUGAUGAAGAGGAGAAAGGGGAGGAUUAUAAUGAUGAAGUUUGUGUUUCAGUCUUGAAUUCAGAGUCUCAGUUUAACGUCCUGAAGACAGAAGGGAAUGAUUUAGUCAAGAGAGGCUGCUAUCAGGACGCACUCCACAAAUACACUGAAUGUGUUGAGCUGAAGCCGCACGAGUGUGCCGUUUACACCAACAGAGCGCUCUGUUAUAUUAAACUGGAGCGCUUUACUGAAGCAAAGCAGGACUGUGACUCCGCCCUCCAGCUCGACCCCACCAAUAAGAAAGCUUUCUACAGACGUGCACUGGCCUAUAAGGGUCUGAAGGAUUACCUGGCAUGUCGUUCAGACCUGCAGCAGGUGUUGUGUUUGGAUGUGAGUGUUGUGGAGGCUCAGGAGCUGCUGAUGGAGGUCAAACAUCUGAUGGAGGAGAGUCAAUGUUCUCCAGCACGACCACGCAGGAAUGUUCCUAUCACUGAGGUGGACAGUGAGGAUGAUGAUGGUGAUGAAUAUCAGGACAGCAGUGAUAACAGACCGAACCGCCACGCUGACUUCUCGUCCACCCACCUGCAGCCAUCUAACGCUUACGAGUUUGGUCAAGCGCUGAACGCCGCUCGCUCUCACGGUGACCUUUUGACCUGCGCUGAGCUCCUGUGCAACGUCGCAUCCGAGCAUCUCCCGCAGUACAUCAGCACACAACUGGACGCACACACCAUCAGCUUCAUCAUACAAACACUGAACACACACCUGCUGCACACACACACACAGCUGGUGUAUGAACACCUCACACACCUGCACACGGCAAACAGAUUCUCGAUGGUGUUGAUGUUGUUGGACUGUCAGGAACGCAGACAGCUGUCACACCUCUUUGAACAACUGAGUGCACUGCAGAAUGAAGCCUUUUCACAAAAUGAUGUCAAAAAUUUGGCCCACAAAUACAUCUGAUGCUCCUUCCAUCAUCUGGAUGAGCUCAAUACGUUUGGAACUACAAACAUCUGUGAAACAUCAGACUGUCUGUACUGUCAGUGACACUCAUUUCACUUUAUAAUCUUACAUUUACUGCUAUAAACAUAUGCAAAACACAUUUGCAUUAAUUUGAAAUAUGCAUGAUUUAUGCAUAAACAACUGGGACUGUAUAGGAACAACGUUAUUUAAAUACAGGAGCUCUAGUUUUGGUGUUUGAUAUUAAAAGUGCAAUACAAAACAUGUUACGCAACAACACACACAGAGGGACUCCAGCUUUUGUUCUCAAGUUUCAGUGUGAGAUCUGUUGGAAUUGGAGGUUAUUCAUAUUUACUGUAUAUGACGUUACCUGCUAAAACAGAAAUCGAAUGUUGUAAAUGAAUUCAAUAAGUGCAUGCAACUACUUUCUGCAUAAUCCUUGAGAUUUAUCCAGUCUCUGCUCUUCUGUGUCAGUUCUUAAUAACAGUGACAUCAGGGGGCAAAUUACAGGGGGUUUUGGGGCAUCUAAAUAAAAUCA